AUGCAGGCGUGCGAGGGCAGCGCACCCGGACGCCGGGCCUUCGACAGCAUCUGCCCCAACAGGAUGCUGGACCUGUCGCGGCGGCCCCUCGGCAAGCCCGGGAAGCCGGAGAGGAAGUUCGUUCCUCCGUGGAAGUCCUUCUCGGGAUGCAGCGGCGACAGCCCAGUGUCGGUGUUCGAGGAUCCCCCUGACGCAGAGCCGGCUGCACUGCCAGCCCUCACUACCAUAGACCUGCAGGACCUCGCAGACUGCACCUCGCUACUCGGCUCCGAAGCGUCUCCUAGUGGUGAUUCCUCCGCCUCGCAGAACCUCUCCUUGCAAACCGAAGAAGAUUUCCACCUGCAGGAUUUCAGAGACACGGUGGAUGAUCUCAUUGCAGAUUCAUCAUCUUUGACGUCGCCUCCCCUGACGGACGGUGACUUUCCCUUUUCCCCUUGCGAUGUCUCAUCUUUCGGGUCCUGCCUCUCCCCAUCUCUGGACCCACCUGCCUUGGGGUCUCCGCCGCUGCCCCCACCACCUUGCGCUCCAGAUCUGCCGCCACCGCCAACCGAGCAGUACUGGAAGGAGGUGGCCGACCAGAACCAGAGAGCACUGGGGACUGCUCUCAUAGAGAAUAACCAACUGCACGUGACGCUGACGCAGAAGCAGGAAGAGAUCGCCUCGCUCAGGGAGAGGAACGUGCAGCUGAAAGAACUGGCCAGCCGGACCCGGCACCUGGCCUCAGUGCUGGACAAGCUGAUGAUCACUCAGUCCCCAGCAGAGCCCUUCCAGAUCAAGGCGACGACGACGAAGAGGAGCCUGGAGGAGCUGUUCUGUGCGGCGGGGCAAGCAGGACAGGGUUGCUCGGAAGUGGACGCCAUCCUCAGGGACAUCUCCCAGCGCUGCGAUGAAGCCCUGCAGAACCGCGACCCCAAGCGGCCCAGGCUGCAGCAAGAGCCCGGCAGCAAGAACGGCAGCUCCAGGAACCUGCACGGGGCCUUCCGAGGGCUGCGCACGGACUGCGGCGCCAGCUCGGUCAACCUGAGCCAUAGUGAGCUGGAGGAGGGCGGCUCCUUCAGCACGCCCAUCCGCAGCCACAGCACCAUCCGAACUCUGGCCUUCCCCCAGGGCAAAGCCUUCACCAUCCGGACAGUCACCGGUGGUUACAAAUUCCGCUGGGUCCCCAGCUGA